GGUUUUUUGGGAGAAUUAGGAGAAUAAAGAUUCAAAGCCAUAGAAUGGAAUACAAAAAAGCUAUGAUUCAAUGAGCUCAUGAACAAGUCAUUGACAGGAUAACUAACGCUAUUGAGUAAUAUAUAUAAUAAAUAAUCUAAUUUUUCAUAAAGUCUAUAUAUGCACCUGUCAGACUUUUUUUUCUAUCUUUUUCUGUUUGUGAUGUUCUUUUGGGUAAUAAUAGAAAAUGUCAUUUUCUUUCUGCAUAUGCCAUUAUCAUAAAUCCAAUAACAACACAUCAAGUGGAGAAAUUAUUAGGUGCAACCAUUGUAUAACUUAAAAUUGCUUACGUGAUACAACCAAAGCCUGGAAUCUAGUUUUUGUCCUCCAUUGCAGCCUGAAGAUUCUUAAAUCCUUGUAUUACAGACAGUAAAUUGAGCCACUGAGCUUUAAAGUUGGAAAAGAAAUGGCUGCAAUGGAGAUGGAAACCCUGAUGAAUUACCUUCUAGGUUGUCUGUGUUUGUUCUUGCUUCUGAUUCUUGGGAAGUUCCUAUACACAGAAUGGUGGACUCCAAUUUUCAUACAAUCCCUGAUGAGAUCACAAGGAAUCAAAGGCCCUUCUUACAGAUUCCUCCAUGGCAACACCAAAGAGAUCACCAACAUGAGAAACGAAACCAUGAAGAAUCCCAUGGAAUUGUCUCAUCACGUACUCCCAAGAAUUCAGCCACACAUAUAUUCCUGGAUCAAGCUCUAUGGGAUGAACUUCCUUCUCUGGUAUGGUACUCGAGCUCAACUGACAGUCACAGAACCUGAGUUGGUUAAAGAAAUUCUGAACAGUAAAGAAGAAGCAUAUUGCAAAAAAGGGUUCCAGGAGUAUAUCAAGAAGCUAUUAGGGGAUGGACUUGUUUUAUCUUCAGGCAAAAAAUGGCUAAAGAUGCGAAAACUCGCCAAUCAUGCUUUCCAUGGGGAAAGCUUGAAGAGUAUGGUUCCAGCUAUGGUGGAAAGUGUGGAGGUGAUGCUUAAAAGAUGGGGACACCAUGAAGAGAAGGAGAUUGAUGUAUUCCAGGAAUUCAAGGUUUUAACAUCAGAAAUAAUUUCCAGGACAGCUUUUGGAAGCAGCUAUCUGGAAGGGGAGAAAAUAUUUGAUAUGUUGAAGAAAAUGACCACCAUUAUUGCUAGAAACCAUUAUAAAGUGAGAAUUCCAGGAAUUAAAAGAUUUCUGAAGACAAAGGAUGAGGUUGAAAUGGAUAAACUAGAAGAAGAGAUACGAGACACCAUCAUAAAUAUGGUAAAGAAAAGAGAGGAGGCAGCAAUGAUGGGUGAACUGGACAGCUAUGGAAAUGAUUUUCUUGGAUUACUUGUGCAGGCUUAUAACGAGGAAGAUAAGAACAUGAAAAUAUCCAUAGAUGACUUGAUUGAUGAAUGCAAGAAUUUUUAUGUUGCUGGACAAGAAACAACUGCAAGCUCACUCACUUGGCUUGUUUUUCUUCUGGCAAUUCACACUGAUUGGCAAGACAAAGCAAGAAAAGAGGUCCUUCAACUAUUUGGUCAGCAGAAUCCAACAGCAGAUGGUGUUGCGAAAUUGAAGACUAUGAGCAUGAUCAUCAAUGAAUCUCUAAGGCUAUAUUCUCCUGUCUUUCACAUAACAAGGGAAGUUCAAAAAGAAGUUAAACUUGGGAAACUGACUAUCCCAGCAAAUAUGGAAACUCAUAUUCCAACACUUGCACUUCACACUGAUCAUCAAAUAUGGGGAGAAGAUGCUUUGAUUUUCAAACCAGAAAGAUUUGCAGAUGGGGUGGCUAAAGCUACAAACAAUAGUAUUUCUUCAUUUGUGCCAUUUGGUUUGGGAGCUAGAACUUGUGUGGGCUUGAACUUUGCAAUUACAGAAGAGAAAAUUGCUCUCUCAAUGAUUCUGCAGCAUUUCAGAUUCACUCUCUCACCUACUUAUGUCCAUUCACCUGUUCAAAUUCUCACAGUAUGCCCACAACAUGGAGUCCAGAUCAUUCUUGAAGCAUUGUGAACCACAAAUAAUCAUUAGUAAUUUGCUUUUUUAUGAAGGUUGAGGCCUAAACAGUGAUGUGGUGCUUUUAUAAAGAAAAUCUUGUGGCUAAGUAAAAAUGAAAGUUGCAGGAUAUCCAAUACAAUUUUCAUUUGCCUAGCCACAAUGGAUUACUGUCCAGAUAAAGCAGGUCUUCUGUACAAUUUUAUUAUUUGAUGAGUUUUAUAUCAAUAAGAAAAAUUUACUAUUUAAUUCCUA